AGAUCUAUUUUUAUACCAAAACUAUCAACAAUCAACACUGCACUGACUCAAGACGAGACAUCGGAGGGUAAAUCCGAAAAAGUCAGUCGUGCUUGCUGGAUAGCAGAGUUCAGUUGGUGGGGUGAUGGCAGAGAAUAUGGACGCUUGUGAAACCGUUCAAACAUGGAGUGCUUCUUUCUAUCAUAGCGCCUCACGGAAGUGGUUGUAUGGGGUGCUGACCCUGACCCCAAGUGCUGUUUACUUUCAGUCUGACAAAACGGAAGGUGCAGCAGAUUAUCAAAUCAGAGUGGAGUUUUUAUCUAUAAAGACCAUAAGAAAAGCUAUGUCUUCCUUCCUUUUUGCUUCAAUUACUCUGCUAAUUGAAGAAAAUCAGACACUUUGGUUUUCAUCUCUUGCCAAUAGAAAUGUAACUUAUUUGAUAUUGCAACAUUUUUAUCAUGCAUUUCUAUGUAGUUCACAUGGGAAAUCUCAAGAAGAUACUCAGGAUUUGCCAGUUAGCCAACCUCAGAAUAAAACAAAAUUGGGUACAGACCUCCUCCGCAGUGUUUAUGAUUCACAGAAAACCUUAGAGACAGCUGCUGUCUCGUUAGUCAGCCAAGGCCAGCAACUCAGCUCUGUUGCAUGUGUGGUAGAAGACAUUCACGAAGAUCUGUCUGUGGCCGAAAGAAUAGCAUCUGGCCUCACAUCCUGGCUAGGCAGAUGGAAAAUGCCGAAAGCUCAGAAGGCAGAGGAGCUUAUUUUCGUCAAACAAAAUGAUAUUGCUGAUGUAACAGAUGUUGAUGUUCUGUGCUCUCAAGUGAUGAGGGACAAAAUUACUCCGCGAAAAGAAUGUGUUCUAAGAGUUGGCAAGGAAGGAGUUACCAUUCUUGAUCUGAAACAAAAG